UGCUGGGCAAAUCCGGCUGAGAGGUACCUGGGAAGGGGGUCCUCGGGGGAGAUGGCAGGGUGUGCUGCUCUCACUGCAGGACUGGGGUGUGCACCACACCUCAGAAAGAGGAAGGAAGAGGGAGGGAGACGCAGGAGGGAAGGAACAAGGCCGAGAAAAAGAGGGAACAAGGCUCAGACAGGCAGGGGGAACGGAGCAAGAAGGUAGAAGGGAGCAGAGGUGAGGAGAGGGAUGUAAGGGCAAGAGAAAGAUCACAAGGACAAGGCUGGACCUCCCGAAAGAAGAAGGGUAGACGACCUCAGCCCAGAAAAAAGGCUGGCGGGGGAAAGGUGGUGUCUAAAGAGAAGGGAAGCCCAGCAUCAGCCAGAGGGGGGAAGAGACUCCCACUGAAGCCGAAGAAGGAAGGAAGAGCACAGGCCAACACGAGGGGACCUGAAAGAGAAGCCAGCCGUGCCGACGACGACCCGGCUGUCUCCGAGGCCAAGGGGGAGAUAGGAAAGGCAUCAGGGAGUUGGAGGUCGCACCUCGACACCAUGUCCCAAGGAGGAUAUUUUGAGAGUGAGCGGCACUACCAGGCCCUGGAAAUGCCCCCUGCCAGGCCCAGUGGCGGCGCCGAGCUGGGAGGCCCGCUCUGCGAGUCGGAGCUGGCCUCGUAUAUGGGAGACGAGCAGUUGUUCUCGGAGCUGCUGCAGGGAGCCCAGCAGCGGGUGCCCAAGGCGGCCCCCUUCCCCAGCUACUUCCCCGGGGAGCCGUACCCCUUCCUGUCCUACGGAGGGGAGCGCAAGGGCCUUGGGCCCUUUGACCUGCGCUCGGUUGCCGUCAAGGAGGAGCCGCGAGGAAGCGAUGCUGGGCAGGCAGGUGGACGCAACCCCUACAACGCCCUGCACUUCCCGGCAGCCCACUGUGGCCAGGUGGCUCUUGCCCAGCCUGGGGCACGUGCUGGACAAGCCCUGAGAGUGCUCAAGGGUCCCUCCUGCAGCCCAUCCUCGCCCUGCGGCACCCCCAAGGGGAAGAAGUCGGUGAACAAAGACAGCCUGGAGUACCGGCUCCGCCGCGAACGCAACAACAUCGCUGUGCGCAAGAGCCGCGACAAGGCCAAGCGGCGGGUGCUGGAGACCCAGCAGCGCAUGGUGGAGCUCUUGGGGGAGAACGAGAGGCUCCGCAGCCGCGUGGAGCAGCUGGUGCAGGAGACAGAGACCCUGCGUGACAUUUUCCGCCAAGUGCCCGAGGCCGCCGGGCUGGUCAAAGGGCUGGGGGGUUGCAGCUGAAGCUGGCCAGCCCUGACUGCAGGGUGGGCCGGAGGAGGCGGCCGUGGUGGUGCUGCUGGGCCGGGGAUGUGUGCGUGGAUCGGAGUGUGUAAAUAAAGGAUUUGUUGUGGCACACACUGGC